CGGCUGCCUCGCUCCCAUCCGGGUCCCCAUGGAAGAGAUGGAAGAAGAGUUGAAAUGCCCCGUGUGCGGGUCCUUCUAUCGGGAGCCCAUCAUCCUGCCCUGCUCUCACAAUUUAUGUCAGGCGUGCGCCCGCAACAUCCUGGUGCAAACCCCGGAGUCUGAGUCCCCCCAGAGCCGUCGGGCCUCGGGCUCCGGGGUCUCCGACUAUGACUACCUGGACCUGGACAAGAUGAGCCUGUACAGCGAAGCGGACAGCGGCUAUGGCUCCUACGGGGGGUUUGCCAGCGCCCCCACUACCCCGUGCCAGAAGUCCCCCAACGGCGUCCGCGUGUUUCCCCCGGCUAUGCCGCCGCCGGCCACCCACCUGUCACCGGCCUUGGCCCCGGUGCCCCGCAACUCCUGUAUCACCUGCCCCCAGUGCCACCGCAGCCUCAUCCUGGAUGACCGGGGUCUCCGUGGCUUCCCUAAGAACCGCGUCCUGGAAGGGGUAAUUGACCGCUACCAGCAGAGCAAAGCCGCGGCCCUCAAGUGCCAGCUCUGCGAGAAGGCGCCCAAGGAGGCUACGGUCAUGUGUGAACAGUGCGAUGUCUUCUACUGUGACCCGUGCCGCCUUCGCUGCCACCCGCCCCGGGGCCCCCUAGCCAAGCACCGCCUGGUGCCCCCGGCCCAGGGCCGCGUGAGCCGGCGGCUGAGCCCGCGCAAGGUCUCCACCUGCACAGACCACGAGCUGGAGAACCACAGCAUGUACUGCGUGCAGUGCAAGAUGCCCGUGUGCUACCAGUGCUUGGAGGAAGGCAAGCACUCCAGCCACGAAGUCAAGGCUCUGGGGGCCAUGUGGAAACUGCACAAGAGCCAACUCUCCCAGGCGCUGAACGGGCUGUCAGACAGGGCCAAAGAAGCCAAGGAGUUCCUGGUGCAGCUCCGCAACAUGGUCCAGCAGAUCCAGGAGAACAGUGUGGAGUUUGAGGCCUGCCUGGUGGCCCAGUGUGAUGCCCUCAUCGACGCCCUCAACAGAAGGAAAGCCCAACUGCUCGCACGCGUCAACAAGGAGCAUGAGCACAAGCUGAAGGUGGUUCGAGAUCAGAUCUCCCACUGCACAGUGAAAUUGCGCCAGACCACAGGUCUCAUGGAGUACUGCCUGGAGGUGAUUAAGGAAAAUGAUCCUAGUGGCUUUUUGCAGAUUUCUGACGCCCUCAUAAGGAGAGUGCACCUGACUGAGGACCAGUGGGGGAAAGGCACACUCACCCCCAGGAUGACCACAGACUUCGACCUGAGCCUGGACAACAGUCCUCUGCUGCAGUCCAUUCACCAGCUUGACUUCGUGCAGAUGAAAGCUUCCUCUCCAGUCCCAGCGACCCCCAUCCUGCAGCUGGAGGAGUGCUGCACCCACAACAACAGCGCCACGCUGUCCUGGAAGCAGCCGCCGCUGUCGGCGGUGCCCGCGGAGGGCUACAUCCUGGAGCUGGACGACGGCAGCGGCGGCCAGUUCAGGGAAGUGUAUGUUGGAAAGGAGACAAUGUGCACCGUGGAUGGUCUACACUUCAACAGCACGUACAACGCUCGCGUCAAGGCCUUCAACAAAACAGGAGUCAGCCAGUACAGCAAGACCCUGGUCCUCCAAACGUCCGAGGUGGCCUGGUUUGCUUUUGACCCUGGCUCAGCGCACUCGGACAUCAUCUUCUCCAAUGACAACCUGACCGUGACCUGCAGUAGCUACGAUGACCGGGUGGUGCUGGGGAAGACCGGCUUCUCCAAGGGUGUCCACUACUGGGAGCUAACUGUGGAUCGCUAUGACAACCACCCCGACCCUGCCUUUGGCGUGGCUCGCAUCGACGUGAUGAAGGAUGUGAUGUUAGGAAAGGACGACAAAGCUUGGGCAAUGUAUGUGGACAAUAACCGGAGCUGGUUCAUGCACAACAACUCGCACACCAACAGAACUGAGGGAGGGAUCACAAAAGGGGCCACGAUCGGGGUCCUCCUCGACUUAAAUAGAAAAACCUUGACCUUUUUUAUCAACGACGAGCAGCAAGGGCCCAUCGCGUUUGAGAGUGUGGAGGGCCUGUUCUUCCCGGCCGUCAGCCUGAACAGGAACGUGCAGGUCACACUUCACACCGGGCUCCCAGUCCCCGACUUCUACUCCAGCAGAGCCUCGAUAGCCUAAGGAUGUGCUGUGGAGGCGCCAGCUGCCUGUUCUCGCCUCCUCCUGAGAAGCAACGGCAAGGAGCCCGGCCAGAGUUUGGGGGGAUGCCGGAGAGCUAGAGGAGACGCAGACGGAGGAGAGGAAAGCUGGUGCUCUAUGGUCUGCCCCCAGCUCGGCCCCUUUCCCUCCCAACCUCUCUACCGCUGUGAUGCCUGCGUUCGCUUCCAUGUUCAGCAAUUCCAGCCAGCAAAGGACCCAGACAGCCCAUCCUGUCACUUCGUUUCCACUCUCAGAUUUUGCUUUUAGUUAAUUUUUGUGUGAAUUAUAUUUUGUUUCCUUCCUGAUCAUGUUAUUGGUGGCAUACGGACCUGGCACUGCCAAGAGAAAAUUCUCCUGAUCACUUGUUUGUUAAGCUUUCCGUCAGAGGUUGUAGGGAGAGGUAGGGAAGAAAGAGCUGGAUUUGGAGCCUGCAGUUUACCUCCUAGAAUGUUCUUGCCCUGUUACCUCUCAUGCAGCGUUAGCUCUGCCGAGCUAAUCCUUGGGGGGUGGACAGAGUGAACAUAGCAUUGCAAAGUUUUACUAUCCACUGAAGCACAAAAAUAUCAGCUACACAGCUAUCCAAGGGUUCACAGUGGGCAGAAUCGUUAGGACAGCCGGGUCGUUAGGACAGGCUAGAAACCCUGGUCACUGAAUGAAAUGAGAAAGUCUCCAGACAUCAGCAGGCCAGGGGACCUAAUCAUUUGAUUCAUUUACUUCAUACAAGCUUUUCCUUGAGAGCCUGUUAUGGACCAGGCACUAUUCUAGACACUGGAGACACGGUAGUGAACAUACAGGUGUGGCCUCUGCCCUCCCAGAGCUUAUAUUCUCUCGUGAGGACAAACCAAAAAUAAAACAAUGGCAAAUUUUUAUAACUAGACAGGAAAUAAACAAGGGAGAGAGGGCCUCAUUGGCAAGCUGUUUUAAAUCCUCUAGAAUGAUGCUACAACUCCAUAUAUUCUGGCCAUGGCCCCAGAAACACACCAACUCAAUGCCUUUCAGCCACGCUGUUUUAAUUGCGGUACCUGCUGCCAUUCAUCACAGAGCCCUUCUUUGGUAGAAAUGGGGUCAGCAUCCUUAUUUGUCAGUGCUGCUGUGAUACCAAGCCUUAAAAAGGAAUGUGGAAAAAAAUUAGUGGCCAGAGGGAGGUGGCGCCACCCUCAGUCACGGGGGGUCUUAAGUUGCAGGCCGUGGCUUUCACCUUCUCAGGAUAAACACGCUCGUCCCCGUGUUCUCUCCGUGCCUGCUACAGACGAAAAGUCCAUCCACUCGGCUGCCAUUCACGGCCUGGCCUUCUGGAGCAGUUCAAGUCAUGUUUGGAAGAGAAUGGAAUUGUAUGUCAUUGCCGUCAGUGACAGCAGAAUAAAGAUGUUUAUUUUAUAUAGAGAUAGGUUUUCAUGCAGGUUACCCUUCAGAUUCUUUAGAAAAUGUAGGACCUGGAAAGACAUUCUGAUCAGUGGUCUAAAUAUCUGCCAGUGAGCCAAGAAAUCUUCCAUGAACAAAAAAACAAGAAUAACAAAUAAAAGGGAAGAGGUAGGAUGCGAAAGCUAACAAAUUAAAGCUUUGACAAAAGGUAAUAUAUGUAAAUAGCUAAUUAUUUAGUUUUGGGCUUACUUGAUUUAGAUUAGUUCUAUCUAAAUUAGUUCUAUCAGUUACAGUUUUUCUAGUUGCGUGUACCUAAGUUAUUGAAUGGGUGCUAUCCUGUUUCUGCCCAUCCUGGUUUCUCUUGGCUACAGAAAAACUCUGUUGCAGGGCAACACUAGUUUGAUAUUUGAUUUACUCUGCAAUGAGACUCGAUGGCUGGGCCGCUGUGGACUCAUAGUUACCCUUGGUCUUUAUGAAAUUCAUCUUGCUGAUUAGAUUUCUAGUGACCUGUAACAUAGUAGAUUACACAGAAUUGCAAUCAUAGAUGCAUACAGCUACUGUACUAGAAAAAAAAUGAUAUUCCUGGUGUGCCAAUAAAUGACUUUUAUGAGAGAA